CAGAUCCCACAAAAACACAAAGCAUCAUCAUCAGUCUCAGAAGUGCAAACAAGCAGAGCAAAGCGAGAGAUAUGCCGUCGCCGAAACCCUUCGCGACAGCCGCAGGGAUGCUCCGGAGCCGCCUGAGCCCUUCCAUCCGCACCCGCAGCGGCGGCGGAGACGGACCCAGUCGCUGGGCCAGCCCCGGGCACCAGGAGCGUCCCAACGGCUACCUCUUCAACCGUACUCCUCCGCCUCCUGGCCAAUCGAGGAAGUGGGAGGACUGGGAGCUUCCUUGCUACAUCACCAGCUUCCUCACCAUCGUCAUCCUCGGUGUCGGCCUCAACGCCAAGCCCGAUCUCACCAUCGAGACCUGGGCUCACCAGAAAGCCCUCGAGCGCCUCGAAGCUCAGCAAUUGGUCCUCUCUCCGUCUUCCGAUGACUCCGACUAAUCUCCCAUCUUCGGUACGUUUCAAUUUGGCUCUCUGCCCUCUUUUGCCCCUUCUCUCUUCUCUCGGGAUCAAAUUAGGGUUUUGAAAUGAUGUCUUGAUAUGGGUUUGGUGGUUGUAGUUGAAAUAAGAUCUCAACUCUUGAAGUAGAAUUUCCCUUUUCUUUUCCUUUUUUUUGUCUAAAUAGCUAUGUUAUUUUCAAUUUUACCUGUUAAUUUGAAUUUUCCUCAUAAAGUUUGUGGAUUUCUUAACUCAAUUAUAUGCUUCUUUUGUUACUCACUA